AUGGAGGAGUUGGCCAGAGAGAGCAUCAGCCUGCUGGCCUCAGCCUCGGCCAAGCCGUCGCUGGACGCGGGGCCCCGGCUCGGCUCCCUGGGGGCCAUCUUCAUCAUGCUGAAGUCCGCGCUGGGGGCCGGGCUCCUCAACUUCCCCUGGGCCUUCGAGAGAGCCGGCGGCGUCCGCAGCGCCGUCACCGUGGAGCUGAUCUCUCUGGUGUUCCUGAUCAGCGGUCUGAUCAUCCUGGGCUACUCGUCCUCCAUCAGCGGACAGUGCACGUACCAGGCGGUGGUGAAGGAGGUGUGCGGCCCGGCCAUCGGCCAGCUCUGCGAGAUCUGCUUCGUCUUCAACCUCUUCAUGAUCUCCGUGGCCUUCCUGGUAAUCGUGGAUGACCAGCUGGAAAAGUUGUGCGACUCUCUCUAUGAGCUGGUGACCGAUCUGCCCAAGUCGGAGAUGCCGUAUCACUUCUACACGGACCAGCGCUUCGCCCUGCUGCUGCUCUGCGUGGUCUUCAUCCUGCCGCUGUCCAUAUCCAAAGAAAUCAGCAUUCAGAAAUACAUCAGCGUUCUGGGCACUCUGGCGGCGACCUACCUGACGGCCGCCAUCAUCAUCAAAUACCACACCAUGCCUUCUGUUCUGGUUCACAACACCCCUCUCUACGCCAGCGGGGUCAGCUCCUGGGUCUCCAUGUUCAGCGUCAUCCCCACCAUCUGCUUCGGCUUCCAAUGCCACGAAGCGUCGAUCGCCAUCUACAGCAGCAUGGAGAACCAGCGGCUCUCUCACUGGGUCUUCAUCUCUGUGGUCUCCAUGUUCUUCUGCCUCAUUAUUUAUUCCCUCACAGGCGUUUAUGGGUACCUGACAUUUGGAAAAGACGUGAAGGCUGACAUUUUAAUGUCGUACCCCAGCGACGACAUGCUGAUGCUCAUCGCCAGGCUGCUCUUCGGAAUCUCCAUCAUCACCAUUUAUCCCAUCAUCCUGCUGCUGGGCAGAUCGGUGAUCCAGGAGUCUCUGCUGAGCUGGCGGCGGCGAUGCUUCGGCGUGGUGACGGCGGAGUACGAAACCCGCAGCCGCUACUUGCUGACGGUGCUGUGGAUAGCCAUAACGCUGCUCAUCGCCGUGUUCGUGCCGGACAUCAGCAAAGUCAUCAGUGUCAUCGGCGGGAUAAGUGCAUUUUUCAUCUUCAUCUUCCCAGGACUCUGCCUGAUAUUUGCCAUGCAGUCUGAGCCGGUAUCGUGUAAGACCAGAGUCUUCCUCACCGGCUGGGGCGUGGUGACCCUCAUCAGCGGAGCCUUCAUCUUCGGCCAGAGCACCACCAUCGCCGUCAUGCAGCUCAUCGGGAGGUUCUGACCGAGGAUCUGGGCUCCUCUCCCGCGUUCCAGAGCCAC